UCUGCGUCAGGAGGGCACACUCAACUCUGCGCAAUUACGCGGACUCCUAACUGGCACAGUGAUCAGAGACAAACCAAAAGCCAUUUUUUCGGCUACUGAAGCUCACAAGGUUGAAAUGGACUUUUAAUCAGGCCAUCCUGAUAAUUUAGAGGAUUUGCUUCGUGCACUUCAAUGCAUUUUACGAUAUAACAGCUGUGAAUGUUGUGAUAUGAUUAUUACGCAUGUGCUCUGUGCACAGCUUUGAAUAGUUGUCUUAUAAAUAGACAUUUUUUUUCUUUUUAAAUAGCUUUCUUUCUUCUCUAAAAUUGGCUCCCGUACAAACAGCCGCGUUGGAUCCCUCGGCUUACUGCGAGACUCCGGUGUAUAACCCGGAUCUCUGCCCUAAUAUGAUAGCCGCCCAGGCAAAGUUGGUGUAUCACCUCAACAAAUACUACAACGAGAAAUGUCAGUCUCGAAAAGCAGCCAUCUCCAAGACCAUCCGGGAGGUGUGCAAGGUGGUUUCGGAUGUCCUGAAGGAGGUCGAGGUGCAGGAGCCCCGCUUCAUCAGUUCUCUCAGCGAGAUGGAUAAUCGUUUCGAGGGACUGGAGGUCAUUUCACCCACCGAGUUCGAGGUUGUGCUCUAUCUGAAUCAGAUGGGAGUAUUCAACUUUGUGGAUGACGGGUCUCUCCCGGGCUGCGCCGUGCUCAAGCUCAGCGACGGCCGCAAGAGAAGCAUGUCUCUUUGGGUUGAAUUCAUCACAGCCUCUGGUUACCUCUCGGCGCGCAAGAUCCGGUCGAGAUUUCAGACACUGGUGGCGCAGGCAGUGGAUAAAUGCAGCUACAGAGAUGUUGUCAAAAUGGUCGCUGACACGAGUGAGGUGAAAUUGCGCAUUAGAGACAGAUACGUGGUGCAAAUCACGCCGGCUUUCAAGUGCACUGGGAUCUGGCCGCGAAGUGCUGCGCACUGGCCUCUCCCUCACAUCCCCUGGCCGGGACCUAACCGAGUGGCAGAAGUCAAAGCGGAGGGUUUCAAUCUUUUAUCCAAAGAGUGCUACUCGCUGAACGGCAAGCAGAGCUCAGCGGAGAGCGACGCCUGGGUCUUGCAGUUCGCCGAGGCCGAGAACCGGCUCCUCCUGGGUGGAUGCAGGAAGAAAUGCUUGUCAGUCCUCAAAGCGUUACGCGACCGUCACCUCGAACUGCCCGGACAACCCCUCAACAACUACCACAUGAAAACUUUGGUUUCCUACGAGUGUGAGAAGCAUCCCAGGGAGUCGGACUGGGAUGAGAACUGCCUCGGCGACCGCCUGAACGGGAUACUAUUGCAGCUUAUUUCAUGUUUGCAAUGCAGAAGGUGCCCGCAUUAUUUCCUGCCCAAUUUAGACCUGUUUCAAGGAAAACCUCACUCUGCUCUAGAGAACGCAGCCAAACAGACUUGGCGACUGGCAAGAGAAAUACUGACCAACCCCAAAAGCUUGGAGAAACUCUGAGGUAAAAAUAUAAUAGUUAAGCUCGUCUUACAAUUUGUGGUAAAGAGGCCUAAUGAGCUUAUUAACGGACAGAAAAAAUAUUGCCAACCAGUUUGCAAAGUCUUGUGAAAUGUGGCUGUCCUCUGUUGUUGAAUAUGUUUUGGCCUAGCCUGUUUCAAGAUGAUUUUUAUAACAGUUUAGUUUGUCAUUGUCCCCAUGCACCUUUUGGCGGUGUCAAUAUUUAGGAGUAAGUUUAAAUUAUUGGCCACCAUUAAAUCAGGAGGCCACCUCAGCAGUGGUUUCUUUUCUAUCCGUGCCACACGGUUGCCUAAACCCUACAUUUCCUUAAAUGCUUUAAAAUAAAGCCCCGUGACAAACUUUGGAAAAAAUAAAAACACACAUGUGUACAUUUUAUACUGUAAAUACAUUCAUACAUUGUGAUUCAAGUGGUCUGAAAUUGUGAAUGUUGUUCUGUGACACGUAAAUAGGAUCCACCUGUUUAAAUCUACUUCUGAGCUUUUUUCUUUAUCUGGUAGAAACGUUAUUAAUUUAUACUUGCAUCAGUGGUAGUCUGAUUCAUCUGUUUCAAUGGACAUUUUCUAAUUUUUGAAAGUUUACAUUUUGAUGGUAGGCGUACGACAUUUGUUACAAUGAAAACAUUCCAUCAAUUUACUUGAAUUAUUAUUUAAAGUACUCGAACUUUUUUUGGUUGUUGUUUUUCUCUACCAUGCUUAGGCCUACAUGAUAAAAAAAUGAAAAUGAUAACAUAUAUAGUAUAUAUAUAUAUUACAGUUUAAUUGAAAAAAAAUGCACUUGAAAUACACUGGAUUAUAACAUCUGUGAUCUGAUUUUUUAAUUUCUUGUCUUUGAUCUAA